AUGGGUGGCAAAAGCUGGAACGAUUGGAGGGGCUGGGCUGAAGGGUUGCCUGGUACAUAUGCCGUCUUCAGUAUCGCGAUACCGCUAGCUCUACUCGCAUUCUUCGCCUGGCGCAGCGUUCGUAGCAACGACGACCCUACUGCGAACACGCCUGAUAUCAGUCGAUGGAGAUCUGAUGUGGAAACGCCAAAGCCGAAGAUCUUCCCGUGCCAAACGUCGCAUGCUCGAAUCUUUCCGAAGCGCCAUGCUUUCGCAUACUCAUACCUUCAGUGCGGAUUUCCCAUCGUCCCAAGCGGAGCUAAAUACCAGGGGAUAGAGUUCGCAAGCGGGGAUGACCAGACUUUGGGUAAAUGGUGGUUGCGGAUAAGAGCGGAGGAUUAUCUGGAACGAGGUGGCGGCGCAUCCGGAUUCUACUGGAAGCUGAGCUCGUACUUGCGGGCUCAGCAUGUCGAAGAUGCGGAAUGGGAGUAUGCCUAUCUGGUGACGGCACCACGCUUCUUGGGCUACGCAUUCAAUCCGGUUUCGUUCUGGUAUAUCUACGAUCGCGAAAAUCAGCUUGUGAAGAUGAUACUCGAAGUCAACAACACAUUUGGAGAAAGACGCAUGUAUCUGCUAGACGGAUCAAGCCCUGCCAGUCCGCCGCGCACAUCUGAUUCUGAACAAACGUCUGGAUCCGAAGAACACGGAUCGCAGGUACCUAUUCGGGCGAAGUCGAAGUUUACCGAUGUAUGGAUGAAAGAUUUCCAUGUUUCGCCGUUCAACUCUCGAAAGGGUUCGUAUGCCCUGAAAGCCCAAAACCCUUUUCCUUCUGUCGAUUACGAAAACCCUCUGAUCGACAACACGAUUACCCUGAAGUCUUCCAAGGACCAUGGGAAGCUUGUAGCUCGCCUCUUCUCUACCGGAAAGGCCAUUGAUCCGGAUCAAUUGGGUUUCCUCGGAACUCUGCGGUUCAUCCUGAGCUGGUGGUGGGUAGGCUUUGUAACGUUCCCGCGCAUCGUCAGAGAAGCUGGCAAGAUCUUUUUCAAGAGGAAAUUGCACGUGUGGUUCCGGCCGGAGGUGCUAACGUCGAGCGUUGGUCGGCCUCCCACUUCCGCUGAGAUAAACUACCUUCACGUACUCGUAAACCAGACCGAAGUAGACUUUUGCAUCACGUUCAAAGCGUCGAUUCCCAACAUCCCCACCGACAAGAUCGCCACGACACACGUCCCUGGUCGAAACCGACCGUACAAGAACAUCGAGAUUCGUGUGCUUACACCGGCUUUCUACUCGCGACUUAUCCACUACACUUACAUAUCCGAGGCUAUCGAUCGCGAAUGCAUCUUCACCGACGAACGGAACAGGACAUUAUGGUUGUGCCGUCCCCAGCUCCUACCUUUGCUACUCUCCAAACGCUCAUCGAUACGCCUCAAAGACGAGGACACGCCACCAGUCCGAAGAAGCUACCUCGACGAGCUGAGAUGGUGGUUGCUCAAGAAGUUGAGGUGCCCACCCGCCGACCCUGCAUACUCAGUCACGCCGCAAAAUCCCGCGGUCAAUGUAGAUGAUAUCCGCGCCAGGCCAUUCUCUGAGCUGGAUAGAUACGUCCGGGGUUACUUCGGGCAGCAGUACGCUUGUGAGUACCGGAGGACCGUUACCAAGCUUUUCUUGGCACAGCGCUUUUGUUUUGGGUUCACAGAGAUAGUUGGGCUUGUGGAUUUGGUUAUCAGUGUCUUGCUGUGUUAUGUCGCUGCUCGGCAGCUGAUGAGUUGGGGUGGCUCGACGCCGGGAUUGCUGUCAGCUGAAUGUCUAGAAGGUUUGGUGAUGAGAAGGGAUUGGUCGGCAUGCUCCAACGCGCUUGCGAUGGAUUACUGGGGUUGGUGGUCGUUGGGGAAGAGCAUGUUGGCGGUGUACUCGUGUCAUAUGUAUGAAUCCUUGAAGGGUUACAAAUGA